UGUAAUUAUAAUAAAUAAAUAUUUUGUAUUGACGUAUUUAUUUAUAAUUAAUUACAUAGAGGAAGUGAGGUAAGAACGGCGGAAGAAAGAGAUGUUGUUCCAGGUGGGGGGCCAAGGGAGCCGCCCGACUUUCUUCGAGAUGGCGGCGGCUCAGCAGCUUCCGGCGAGUCUCCGCGGCGCUCUGACGUACUCGAUCGGCGUCUUGGCCUUGCGGAGACCAUUCCUUCACAAACUCUUAGACUUGGAAGACGAAUCCUUCGCCUUACUCAUGCUCGUCCUCGAAUCCCACACCUUACGAACCACAGAUGCUUCCUUUUCCGAAUCUCUCUACGGCCUCCGGAGAAGACCGGCCAAUAUCGCCGCCAAUUUACGGAGGCGCCAGAAACUUCUUUCCGUUGUUUUUUUGGUUGUGCUGCCGUAUUUCAAGUCUAAGUUGCAUUCAAUCUACAACAGAGAGAGGGAAGCGAGGCUUCAAGCCACUCUAUGGGGAGAUGAAAGCCAAGGGUACGAUGAUGGACGAGGAGGUUUCCAACAAGAUUAUUCUCCAUCUUCCGGUGCCGGUGCCUCCGUCACGACGCGCUUAGCAAAGAGAGCGCAGAGAUUUGUAGGGAUUUGCUACCCGUGGUUACAUGCUAGUACUGAGGGCUUGCAAUUUGCUUACCAGAUGUUAUACCUGUUGGAUGCUACUGGAUACUACUCACUUGCACUUCACGUUCUUGGGAUUCAUGUCUGCCGCGCUACCGGCCAAGAACUGAUGGAUACCUCUUCUAGAAUUUCAAAGAUGCGUAACCGUGAACGGGAGAGACUUCGUGGUCCUCAAUGGUUGAAGACAUUGCAAGGAGCAUUGCUCAGCUGUACGUACACUGUACUUGACUAUGCACAAACCGGCUUGAUUGCAGCAGUGUUCUUCUUUAAAAUGAUGGAAUGGUGGUACCAGUCUGCUGAGGAGAGAAUGUCAGCUCCAACAGUAUAUCCUCCGCCCCCUCCUCCUCCACCACCAAAGGUAGCGAAAGAAGGGAUACCACUACCACCAGACAGAACAAAUUGCCCCUUGUGCUCCCAGAAGCGUGUAAAUCCAUCUGUGGUUACAGUUUCGGGGUUUGUCUUCUGCUACGCUUGCAUAUUUAAGUAUAUUACUCAGUAUAAGCGCUGCCCAAUUACGUUAAUGCCUGCAACAGUUGAUCAGAUAAGGAGACUCUUCCAUGAUGUCUAGGACCUAGUUAGAGUAUAAUUACAGUUAUCUGGAGUACAUGGGCAAAAAGAUUCCCAAUUAUUGUUGUACUAAUGUAUAUAUAUUAUGAAAGAGGUUCACCAAAGAUUCCCAAUCAUUUUGUUAUUUUCCUUA